AUGGACUAUGUGGUAAAAAGAGAAACAAGUUUCAGGAAGCAAAUGGUAGAUCUUGAUUUGAUUGAAUGGUUUGAGUGUAUUGCCAAUUUUAAAAGAUAUAAAAAGGUACAAAAAGUCGAUAUUGUAACAGAUAAAAUGAUGCGAAUUGUUCAAACAUGGGGUAUUCUAUUUCCUGUUGAACUUAUUGACUACAUUAAUAUGUACAACCGUACCCAGAAGAAAGGUGUUGUAUUUGUUAAACCCACUACUACUGACUUUGAAUUAUAUAUUCAACCGCCUGAUGGUAUUCAGAAUUGCAUUGAUCAAAUAUCAGAAACGAUAAAAAUGAUCGACGACACUUUGGAACAUAUUUAUGACAAUGAAUGUCGUGUGAAAUCCGCUCAAGUGAUAUUUCAACACUCCAAAAUGGUCAAAACACAACAUGAAUAA